AUGAAGCCCUCAAUAGACGACGCCAAGCGGCGGGGCGAUCACCGCUUGAGCGCGAGCAUGCGGCCUACUACCUCUACACAUAGAUAUUCUUUCGAUCGCUUGCCUGAGCGCUUCAAGGAUGGCGAUGAUGCUCAGGUUGACUAUACUGCACCGCCACAAGCCAUGGGCUCUCGGGAUGGCAACGCUCACUAUAUGCAACAGUCGUUAUUUGGCAUGAUCGCAGCAGUCGGCUCUCGAUCCGACUUUCGUGGGCGAUUUGAUGAUUUAAGCGACAGCGAUGGCGAACCUGAUGAGACCCCACAAGAACUUACAAAUUUGAAGCCUGUCAGCCCAACAGGCUCCCCCGACCAACUCCAACCGGACAAAGGUGCAGAAGCAAAGGCUCCAGAUGGGAGUCGAGGACGGCAACAUCGAAGGACAACCUCUGAAAACAAACUUCUGCGGAAAGUUCCGGGUUUUGCGUCGAAAGAAAGAACAGACGAUCCGUCUAACCUCAGUGCAUCGACCCUCACGAUUCAGCCAAGACGCACACGCAGUGCCACGCCGCGAGCCGCUCCAAUCCUCACCCGCAUGGUACAAGCACAGAGCCGUUUCGAUAGCGGGACUACAGCAGAAAGGAUGUCAACAAGACCGGGAACUCCAAGUGAAGACCGAGAGGACUCGUCUAUACCGGCGCUCUCUACUCGACUGAUGGAAAUGUUCGGGUUUGAGAGACCGGAGAAGGUCUUGGUGGAGUAUGCUUGCUCCUUCCUGCAGAGCAUGCUUCUUCCGGGCUACAUGUAUGUCACAGAAGGACAUAUAUGUUUUUAUGCAUAUCUCCCGAAGAAGUCCAACGAGCCUAGCAAGUCUGGUUAUGUUUCGAAGCGUGGCCGAAAGAACCCAAAGUACAAUCGCUAUUGGUUCGUCUUGAAGGGCGAUGUCUUCUCAUAUUAUGCAGACCCCUCGAACCUUUACUUCCCAAGUGGCCAUGUGGAUCUGCGAUAUGGAAUAUCAGCUUCUCUGGUGGGGUCAAAGACUGAUGACACUGAUGCGAAGGACUUCCAGGUUUCCACUGAUCAACGAACUUAUUACUUCCGAGCAGAUAGCGCUACCAGUGCCAAAGAGUGGGUAAAGGCGCUACAAAAAGUCAUCUUUCGGUCCCAUAACAGGGAGGACAGCGUCAAGAUCUCAUUCCCAAUCGAGAACGUCAUUGACUUGGAGGAAAGCCCAAUGGUUGAAUUUGCAGAGACCUUCAAAAUUCGGGUGAUUGAUAGCGCGGAAACAUUCGCGAUAGAUGAAUAUUUCUUUUCCUUUUUCAAUUCAGGACAAGACGCUUUCAAUUACCUCAAAAGCCUGGUGACUUCGUCUCCUGUGAACAAUAGGCAGGAAGAAUCCCCGAACAAAAGCGAUGGUAAAGGUCGACAAGUGUCGGGUACUUUCGACAUGGGGAAUCCACGAAGACGCAGUGUCAGUGUCGACAACAAUUUGAAGGGCUCUGCAGACUCAUUCGCCCAUUCUGCCGAUCAAGAGACUGAAUCAUCGCGUGUCGUACAAUCGCUAACGGAAACAACGGAAUCUGCAAGCCAAAUCCUCAAUCGAAGUGAUGUCUUUCAAUCUCCAACCAUGCAUUCUUUGCCGAGGCGCUCAUCUGAUGUGGGGGAUAUCGGCCGACGCCGGUCGGACGAUACAGCUCGCUCUGCAACAGCUAGAUUGAGCCAUGUCGCUCACCUAGCCGGAUCAAAUUACCCGGAUAGAAAUGCUGAAAACAUCCCUUUCGCGUCGGGCUCCGAAAUCCAGAAGAUGACGAAUUCCCAAUACCACACGAAUGUACCUCUUAAUGAUCUUGUCAAAGCCGGCGCAUAUCCUCUUCAGCGAGCUGCUGGAUUCGCAGAAUACUUGAAAAGCAGGUCUAAGCAGAUGAGCAGUUUGCUGGCAACAGAAUCAAUGGGUUAUAUCGAAAAGGUUUCCGGCAUGUGGGCUGGUGGCCAAAGACAUUAUGGCGAAACAGAAGAACUACUGCCCGAUGACAAGACUGCGGAUCCCGAAGACCAUGAAAGUGGCCUGAACCAUGGCGAUCGUUUCCGACAGCACUUUGGCCUUCCUGCGACCGAGAGAUUGCAGGCGACAUACUAUGCAUACUUGCACCGCGUGCUCCCGCUCUACGGCAAAAUAUACCUCAGCGAAAGGAAGCUAUGCUUCCGGAGUCUGAUUCCUGGCACUCGAACGAAGAUGAUUCUCCCACUCAGAGACAUUGAGAAUGUCGAGAAAGAAAAGGGAUUCAGAUUUGGCUACCAUGGACUAGUCGUCAUCAUUCGCGGUCACGAGGAACUGUUUUUUGAAUUUAAGAGCGCUGGCGCUAGAGAUGAUUGUGCCGUCACCUUGCAUCAGGAUCUCGAAUCGGUCAAAUUCCUCAUGGAAUCAGGCAUGCUAGCAGAAGAAGAACGCGGAGAGGUCGAAGCUGCGAAAGAUGAGCAUCGUCUUUUGCAAGAAGCUAGACUUGAUGGCCCCGAAGAACACGAUUUCCGACCAACGCUAAGCGAAGAUUCGUCUGAAGUGAACCCGUUCUUUGACGAUACACGUGCUUCGAUCAUAAAUUUCAAGCCUACGGAUUCACUUAAAAUCACCUGUCUUACUAUUGGAUCUCGGGGUGAUGUGCAGCCAUAUAUUGCCCUUUGCAAGGGGCUUCUUGCUGAAGGCCACAGGCCAAAGAUCGCCACACACGCUGAAUUUGAGCCUUGGAUUCGGAAACACGGCAUUGACUUUGGUCCUGUCGAUGGAGAUCCCGCUGAGCUGAUGAGAAUUUGCGUUGAGAAUGGCAUGUUUACUUACUCUUUCCUUCGGGAGGCCUCCGCCAAGUUUAGAGGGUGGAUUGAUGACCUUUUAUCAUCAUCUUGGGCGAGUUGCCAAGGUAGCGAUCUUUUGAUAGAGUCGCCUAGCGCUAUGGCCGGAAUUCACAUUGCAGAGGCUCUUCGAAUCCCCUACUUCCGAGGCUUCACUAUGCCAUGGACAAGGACUCGCGCCUACCCACAUGCUUUUGCAGUGCCGGAGAAUCGUAUGGGAGGAGCCUACAAUUACAUCACAUAUGUCAUGUUUGACACCGUUUUCUGGAAGGCGAUUGCAGGUCAGGUUAACAGAUGGCGAAACAACGAAUUGGGGCUCAAAGGUACCAAUUUGGACAAGAUGCAACCGAACAAGGUUCCUUUCCUGUAUAAUUAUUCGCCUUCUGUGGUGCCCCCGCCACUCGACUAUCCGGAUUGGAUCCGUAUCACUGGGUAUUGGUUCUUGAACGAAGGCUCUGACUGGACACCCCCUGCUGAUUUGGCAAAUUUCAUUGCUCGAGCUCGUGCGGAUGGCAAAAAGAUCGUCUACAUCGGAUUUGGGUCUAUCGUGGUCUCGGAUCCGGCUGCACUGACAAAAACGGUCAUUCAAUCGGUCCAGAGGGCGGAUGUUCGAUGUAUCCUUUCCAAAGGAUGGUCCGAUCGUCUUGGAGACCCCUCUAGUGUUAAGGCAGAGGUUCCUUUGCCACCUGAGAUUUUCCAGAUCCAGUCUGCACCACAUGACUGGCUCUUCUCGCAAAUUGAUGCGGCUGCACACCAUGGAGGGGCCGGUACCACUGGUGCCAGUCUCCGAGCCGGUGUGCCUACGAUAGUGAAACCAUUUUUUGGCGACCAGUUCUUCUUUGGAGGACGAGUCGAGGACCUAGGCGUUGGUAUCUGUAUGAAGAAACUCAACGUUAGUGUCUUCUCACGAGCACUCUGGGAAGCAACGCGCAGCGAAAGAAUGAUUGUCAAAGCACGGAAUAUGGGCAUUCAGAUUAGAAGUGAGGACGGCGUGGCUACCGCAAUCCAAUCUCUUUACCGUGAUCUGGAGUACGCCAAGACCCUUGCGAAACAACGCUCUAUCGCCUCAUCUACCCCUUUCUCUCCAACCCCUUCAGCGAGGGCGGCACCGCAUCAUGACGAUGACGAUGUUGACGAUAUUGAGGAGUGGACUUUCAUAUCUGAAGCUGAGAAACUUACCCCGGGCAUUUUUAAAUGA